AUGUGUCGCCUCGUCAUAUGCCACUACACUGUUUGCAUGUGUUGGUCCCGAAACCACUACGAAUUCUGCUCAAGCGCCCGCCAGAUCAAAGGAACGGACUACCACAAACAGUGCAGUAAAACAACCACUGCUCUCAGACUUCUCAUUGGCUGGUGUGACAAAUGCAUGUCGACAAUUGAGAAUCACAUCAAGAGCGAUGCGGACUACGACAGCAACAAGCCGGCAGUCAAAUUCAGAGACGCAACGGCCAUUCGAAGAUUCUGGGGCGUCCAAGCCUCCGAUUACGACGAUCCAGAAAAGGUCCGGAAGAUUUUCUCGCGGCAGCACGACCCCCUGACGUGGCUCUGGUGGGACCCCGUUGUUGAUAGAAAGUCCGAUCUGCCUGUUCAACCCGGUCAUAUCACAUGGGAGGGGAAACUCAUCCAUGAUGCAUAUCGCGCCGCAAAGGCCAGCGCGGUCUUGCUCGGACCGGAUUCAUACGACCCCAGGGUUGUAGACUGGUCUGAGAUUACGCAGCGGGCGAGGAUUAGCACCAUUGUCUGGGCCAACGGGUAUGAGGAUGGAGAGAGGCAUGCUCCGAGGGUGCCUCUGUAUAUGGAUAAGCCGUAUGAUGCGGAAAUGUGGAAGUUGACGGCACCUGGGAUGAGUCGUCCAGUGGUGAGCUACCGGUGGUGGAGCGAUAUUGUGUCGAGAGAGACCACACAGCCUCCUCCUCCUAGCUAUGGGGAGCUCUACCCAGCAUCUGGCCAUAUUAUUACCGAGCAGUAG